AGACAACAUGUGUCGCGAAUCAUAUAAAAAUGGGAAUCUUUUCAAAUUAAGUUAGUUUGAAUCUUUCACUCCGGCAAGAUGAUGAUCAAGGUUGUUACUGCAGUGCUUUUCGGGUGUGUGGCUGUCGCCCUAGCUGACAGUUACGUAACUGAGAGUUACGAAACUGAGGCAUAUGCCACACCCACCUACCAGAAAAACGAUGGUUACGGUUAUGACGCCAGCUACGUCUACGACCGCAGACCAUACGGUUACGUUCGCAAAUACGACAAAUACGGUAGACGAGACUACGGUUACGGACGCAAAGAUUACGGUUACGGUUAUGACCGUAGAGAUUAUGGAUAUGGUUAUGACCGUAAGGAUUAUGGAUACGGUUACGAUAGCAAAGACAGCUACGCCCACGAAGAUAAGUAUGCAUACCCUAGCUAUGAUGCCCCAAGAAGUUACGAUGCCCCCAAGGAAACUUAUGGCUACAAGGACACCAAAUACAGCUACUGUGACACCUAUGGCUCUGGAUCCUAUAUGUACAACAUGUGCAGGAAAUGCGCCAGCUAUAGCGAAAAGUUUACCUGCGAGAAGGCUUAUUACCCAGCCCAGUCUUACACUGUAAAAACAAAGCCCGCCCAUGUCCCUAUGGCACAAUUUUCGAUGAGAAACUCGGCGUUUGUGUUGCCGGACAUUAAAUUGCUCAAACGUGAGAAUGCUGCAUUUAAUAAACUGGUUUUCUCGGGGACGUUGCUACCAUUGAACCUUCGAAGUCUAAUUCCAAGUAUUGUACAUGUGUUCAACAUUGCUGUUUAAAAAUCACACCUAUAUUAUCAUACUGUUAACAUCCCUCGUUAUAUAGAAUAAAUCAAAUUCUUUAACAAAA